AUGGAGUCUUUAGCGUCUGCUCUCGAUGAGACAGUCAAGUCCCCUAGUGCGAAGCCGUCCGCUUUGAUCUGGGGACGUAUUAAGCAUCUCUUCAAGCCUUUCGCAUUCACCUACGCCUCGGCUCUGGCAGAGCUCCAGGAGAGCCGGCAAGUAUUCCUGUCCGCUGUGCAGGAGGCUAAAUGCGCCACCAUGCAAAUCCGUAGAUCGAUACCCAUACGGGCUGCAACACAGCCAGGGCCUUCUAGGCCCGUACGGAGCAGAGCGCGGCUUUUGUCUCUUCCGGCAUUGGAAGUGGACCGCAAAAUCGUGACAGAAGGACUCCUAAACAGACUGCAAGAGUCACAAAAUAUCAGGUGUCGCGAAAACAAAACCCCAGGCCAAGACCUGCUUCCAUUCACACAGUGGCUGCAGCCUACCGAAUACGACGAAGCCCUGCAACGAAGCAAUGGGCUUAUAUCCAAUGGGCCCAAACCAACACGUAGUGCAAAGCGUCUGUGGAUCUAUGGUGACGCAGGCACAGGCAAGACGCCGCUGGCGGCGGCCAUGAUCAAGGAUAACAAAUCCCGAGUUGAUAGUAUUAACCCUCCCUCGGAAAACCAGUACGGGUUAUACUUCGUCUUCAUCUCGCCAACUUACCCCGCCGGGCAGUCUAUCGCCGGUAUGCUGAAGUAUCUGGUCGCACAACUGGAACAGUACACAUAUGGGAGUGAAACGAUCCGGAAGGUGCUCGACAUGUCGCUGGGGGGAAUCCGCAGCAGCACGAGUUGCACAGGUCUUGCAGCAGCGCUGCUCGCACUGUAUGACAACGUUUACCCAUUGGUCAAGCUGCUUGUGCUUAGUAGGAAGGAAGACAGCUGGAAUUCAAAGGGUGUUAAGUAG